AAAUAGUUUAUUAAAAAUGUCAAGCGCAUAGUUUUAGUAUGUGUUUAAAAAGCUUAUGGCUCGGCAUAUCAUGUGAACAAAAAAGUGCGUCCUAAAACGCUAAAAUACUACUGUGCAACGAAACGAAAAGUGAAUCAGAACACAUACACACACACACACAAUAACAAUAUCAACAAGCGCACGCUUCGUUGCCCCCGCGACAGCCCCAGCCCUCCAAGAAAUCGAAAUCAAAACCAUUAACUAGUUGGUCAUUUGUUCUGCUGGUUACAAACGAAAAAAUCAAAAUGGAGCUGAAAGUAUGGGUGGAGGGCAUACAGCGCAUUGUAUGUGGUGUUACUGUGAAUACAACCUGUCAGGACGUGGUCUUUGCCUUGGCACAUGCCACAGGCAAAGUGGGUCGCUUUACCUUGAUUGAACGCUGGCGUAAUAAUGAACGACAUCUCGCCCCCAACGAGAAUCCCAUGAAGCUAUUGCUUAAAUGGGGCGAGUAUGCAAAUGAUGUGCAGUUUAUAUUGCAACGCUCCGAGAACAAGCAGCAAGCAACAACAGCACAGCAGCAGCAGCAUCAGCAGCAACAACAACAAUCGAUUAACAAUGCAAACAAUAAUAAUGUUUAUGCUGUCAUGGCAACGAAGAAGCCGCUAGGACUUAGUAACACCAACAACGAGAGCAAUGUAGUGCAGCCACCGCCCACUUUGCAAAAGCAAAAAUCUAGCGUAGAGCUUAGCUAUCGCAAUAAGGAAUUGAAAAAGAGUUUUGGCGGCUACGAUGCUAAGCAACUAGACAACAUUGGCAUAGUCAAAGGCAUUCCACAGCUCCAACAGCAGCAGCAGCAACAGCAACAACAGUUGCAGCCCAAACAUGAGAAAUCUCUAUCGAAUCCAUUGGACAUGACCAGCAGCACUACAGCAAACAAUGCGCCCGUUUUAAACGAUUAUAAUGAUUUCUAUAACAACAAUAGUAAUCAGCACAUUUACAGUCAGCUGAGCAAAUCUAGCAACGAACUGCGACGCGCCAGUCCCAACGAGCUGUGUUACAACAAUAACAACAACAACAAUAGUAUUAGCAACAGCAGCAAUGAACAUAUCUGCGACAUAUAUGCAAACAACAAUAACAACUCGCCCGAGCUAUACAAGCAAGCGCCAACGAUUUCGUCAAAUGGAGCACUAGUGCCACCGCCAUAUCGUGAUCCACCACCGCCGCGCAACAGUCCCAUGUGUCAGAGCCAACAGCGUUUUCCCAGCAGUAAUGCUGAGACCAUAUCCAAUGCAUCCUCCUCAACAAAUCCAUUUAUAAAUGACUAUGAACAGCACAAUAACAAUAAUAAUAGUGGCAGCAACAGCGUUAAUCAGUGCAUGGAUGAGGGCGAAAGCAUGUUUCAGGCCACGCAAUAUAAUGAUCUGUUGCAGCUCAUUAAGUUCCAGCGUGAGAAGAUUACAACACAGCAAAUGGAACUGCAAAAGUUUGAUACGGAGAUCGUGUUCUUGGAGAGCAAAGAGCGUGAUCAUGCGCUUGAGUUGGAGGCCAUAUCACGAGAGAUAAGCAAGGCGGAUCAAAUUUUUAGAAAAGGCAGUGAUCAGCUGCAAACGCUGCAGUAUGUGGAGGAGGAAAAUGAGUUGGUUAAACAGCAGGAAAAGACACUGAAAUCAGAAAUUGCGCUAUUACGCUCCAAGCUGGCAAACUGUGAGACGGAGCUGCUGCAAUGCAAGAAUAAAAUGCGUUUACUUAUGGAUGACAUUGAAUUGGAGCAGCAGAGCAAUAGGCAAACAGUAGAGCGUGACUUUCUAAUGGAAAUGGAGCGCAUACAGACUGACAUUGAUCAGGCGCUGCAUAAUACAGACACGUCUAACAAAACGGCUGAUAGUCUGAAAAAAGAGCUGCUUAUGAUUGAGCAUGCGAUUGUGGAGAAGAAGCGCCAAGUGGAGCAGCUUGUCAACGAAAUGAAGGAGGUGAAUCUGCAAAGUCUGACCGUAACCACCACCGAGGAGAUCAAACAUAUGCUCGAGGGGCAAAAUAAGCACAGCAGCCGUCGCAUUAUUGGCUCGCCACGUCAACUGGAGACGGCAGUGCCCACCAGCAAGAAUCCGCACGGCGUCUGGGUGUAAGCAACGAAUAUACACACACACACACAAUAUCUAGCAAAACUUUGGGAACAAAGACAAGGAAAUGAUUAACAUAUCUAGUACGAUCUGCAGUUGUACUUAUAUCACAAUAUUCGAACACAAAUUUAGAACGAUUUCUUUUACAAAUUGACAGAUAUUUGCAUAUUUUUCAAAACACACUACCUUAUGGAUCUCUAAAGCAAUGUUAAUUGUUACAAAUUUACACACACAUUCCCAUUUAAAAUCAUACACACAUACACACCUAACUGUUUAUUAGCAAACUACUGCACUAAUUUCGUUAGAAUUUUAUUAUAUUCACUUGACUAGUUAAUUAUUACUCUUAAAUAAUAUCACAAAUGCCUAGAAAAAAACAUUGCCACAUUCCCCAUACGUACUUUUUAUAUUUG